AUGUCUCUAUUUGAGAGUUUUGAAAUUUUUUGUCCCGAAUUUGUUGAUUCCGGUCAUCAUUUCGGGUUGUUCGAUAGAAAAUACCUCGAGCUAAUAACAAAAACAGGACAUUUAUACAAAAAAUUAAGAAACUUUUGUGAAAACAUACCAAACCCCGAUUACGCCUCUGAAUUAUCAAACAUAUUCACCAAUAAUGGUAAAUUUACCACUGAUUUUGAACCAGAAUCACUGGAGUUUUUCUCAACUAACACACACAUACACGGUCUGAUAGAAAAUACUGAUAGCUUUAUGGAAAAUUGUAUUACCUUACAUAAUAUAAAUGAAUUUAAACCAAGUCCAUACUAUUUAUGUUGUUUUGCAAAUUCUAUGAACUCACAUUUGAACAAAUAUAGGAACUACUUCAAUAGCCUGAGAAACCUUACACACUUAUCAGUGCAAGUAUCAUGUGUGUCAAAAUUUACAGAGAAACUCUUUAAACUUCUACAACUUCUAAACAAUGUUAUCGUACAGUUUGAAUACAAAUCACUGGAAUAUAAAGAUGGAUUUCCAAAAUUCAAGUGUUUACUGGAAAUAUUAGACCAAGAUUAUCCCGAUGAAUUUAACAAUAUUGUAAACUCAAAAUUAAGAGAUGAUUUACUAGAAUUGUUUAGAACACAGCUCACAUACUGGCUAAUAUAUGGAAAACUCAUUGACCCGUUUGGGGAGUUCAUUAUAUCAUCCAGUGAAUGCGAAAAAUCAGAUUUAAAGUCCAAAUCUGCAAGCAUUUUCAUCAGCGAACUGUUGAACUUUAAACCUAACAAUAGCUCUAGUGAGUGUAACCAUUUCCUCACUAUUAGUAAUUUGGUGUAUAGUUCAAGAAUCAGUGAUAAUGCAACUUUUGGUCCUGUGGACCAUAAUACCGCAAAUACCAUACUCAUGAUAGGUAAACUGGUUCCAAUAUUAAACUGUAUAAGUGCAAACAGCUCAAUAAAUAAAGUACUUAAAAAGCUAGCUGAUGAUUGCUUAUUUAAGAAUUGGAAUGAAGUGACCUCUGAUAAUGAGAAAUUCAGUUCAGCAAUAGAAAAUUACAGGUUACAAUUUUCUACAAUCCUGUGGGACACUUAUAAUCCCAAGUAUAACAUAUUGAAUAAAAUUAAGCUAUUAAAGAGCGUCUAUUUACUUUUAGAAAAGCCAAUAUAUGAUCAACUGUUUGAGCAAUCGUAUGAUAUAAUGUCAAUGAACUUUGGAGAAAAUGAGUUAAAAACUGUAAAUAAGUCAUUUACAACACUAAUUAAUCGUCUUAAAGAUGAUAUGGAUGGUGGAUUGAGUCCGGAAAACGAAAAUUUGGAUAAUUUUAAAUUUAUGAAGUUCACAAACCAAUUUGAUAUAAAUUCAUCAUUUAAAUUAAUUAAUGACAUAGAGUUAAAUGAAGGUUCUUAUGAGGUUGGAAAUGAAAGUAGUAUUUGGUAUCCUGAGCUCAUUUAUGUAAUGAACGGAUUCAACAUGAAUAUUGUUGUGGAUUUACAGUUAGUAAAUCAGUCGAAAGAAUUUUCACUGGUCAUAUCCCCUAAAAUUUCCCAUUCGGCCAAUGGCAGAAGUUUUAAUGAUCAUAGAACACUCAACUGCAAAUGUUUGCUGAUCAAUUUUAGGGUGAUUCACUCAAAUUUUGCUAAUUUAACAUUCUCAAUUGACAUUGUUCUAAAUCACAAUCCUUCUGAUUGUGAGAAUAAGUUCACUAGAAGCUUAAUAAGCAGAAUUGAAAAAGUAGUGGAAUAUAAAGAAUCGAACCUAAAGUUGGGAAUUGAAAUGAUGCUAAAAAGAAAUAGUUUAAAGGUGUUUCUAAAAUCUGUACCUGAUGAGUUUUGUUUCCUAAAUAACUAUUCAACACAAUCAAGUAAUCCCUCAAAUUACUCAAAUCAGUCUAAUAAUUCAAAUAAUUCAAAUCCGUCUGGUUCAUUUGAUAAUGAGAAUGUUGAUGACUUAGAAAUUGCUGGAGGAGUAACAAUUUCAACUAAAAGUUCUGAACACGAAGAAGAUUUGUAUGGUUUGGAUAAUAACUCGAUUAAUUUAAGGAUUGAAAUAAACCAGGAGAACAUGAUUGAACUGCUUAAACUGGUUUCAGAAUUCUCAUACGUGGGAAUCGUACACCAUUCUAAGGAUUUAGAUUAUUCCUUGUCUGAACUAAGUAUUAAAGGAAUUAGUAAUAAAAUCAAGAUACUAUCCUGGAAUUAUUACACCAUCAAUUAUGAUACUUUGAAUUGUGCUCAGAAAAUCAAUUUGAAUAAUUCCAGUGAAGUAAAUUUUAACCACGAUUUCGAUAAUUGGGCCAAUAUCAUAUUAUACUACAACACUAAAGAUAUCAACUUUAUCAAUACUAAACCGUACUAUCAAGUCUUCCAACUGUUAUUCAACACCAAGAAAAUUAUGUAUGGGCUUGAAAACAAAUUUUUAACCGAUUUUAAAAUAAGGACCAGAUACACUGAAUGUGAAAAUAACUUAAAGUACUCUGACCACAUGUUAUUAGUUAGGAAGACUUUUGCAUUCAAGCAUUUCCUACACAGCAGGUUGUCUCGCCUAUUGUCGAGCCUGUACUCGCUUGUAAUUGUGCCAAGUUACCUGGAACUGGAAUCAUUCAUGAAUAAUUCCAACGACUUCUUAAAAAUUAUUCAUAAGCAUGAUGAAUAUAUAACAAAAAUACAAAGAUUGUUUGUAUCUAAUGAGAAUGUGGUUUCUUCAUAUAUCCAAUGUCUGAAUGUUUGUCUGAGGUUCAUAAUGACGUUUGACACGUUUAAAGAGUUCCUUGGACUCAGCUAUGGAGAAGUUUACGAAUACCUUUACCUAAUCGAUCAACUGAGGUACUUUUCACAGCAUUAUAAUUUUUAG